AUGGAAGUUCCAGAGGCUGCCGUCUACCCUGUCCUGAAAGGCAAGGUUGCAAUCAUAACCGGCGGUUCACAAGGCAUGGGAAAGGCUACAGCAUCAGUCUUUCUACGAGCUGGUGCUCAAGUGGUCAUUGCCGAUGUGAAAGUAGUCGAGGGUCAAGCAACCGAGAAAGAGUUGUCGCAGUUUGGGGACAUCAUAUUUGUGCGAUGCGACAUCUCCAAGUCGGCGGACGUUCAAAAUCUCAUCGCGGUAACAGUCGAGAAAUUCGGCAAGCUCGAUGUAGCUGUUAACAACGCUGCUCUCACGCCAGACAGAACACAGCUUAUCAAUUUUGAUGAAGACUACUGGAAUACUCUCGUGGGAAUCAACCUCACUGGAACAGCUCUAUGUUGCAAGUAUGAAAUGCAACAGAUGGCAAAACAGGGCACCAAAGGCUCUAUCGUCAAUAUUGCAUCUAUCAACGCUUUUAGGCCACAACCAAACAUGCCUGCUUAUACAGCAACGAAACAUGCUAUCAUUGGUUUGACUAAACAUGCCUCUGUGGAGGGAGGGCCAAAGGGGAUCCGGGUGAAUGCCGUUGCACCGGGUGCUAUCUUUAGUGAUAUGUCAGCCGCAGCAUUGGAGAUUCUGGGAACUACCAUGGAAGAGUUUGCCCCAACGGUCAGCAACUUGCAUCGUUUCGGAAUGGCUCAUGAAGUCGCACAAGCCUCGUUGUGGCUCUCGUCAGAUAAUUCCUCAUAUGUCACUGGUGUUUGUUUACCCGUAGAUGGAGGAUAUUUGGCGAAGUAA